AUGCCAACCCCGAACCCAUGGACCCCCGGCGCCUUCGCACGCAUGCCAUGGCUGCCCGUUACCGGCUUCUUCGUCUCCCUCAUCGGCCUCGCCGCCUCGACAGCGAUACUUGUAUACAGCGACGGUAAGCCCAUCGCAGACUGGCCCUUCCAACCACCCACCUACCUCGCCAUCGCCACGGUUAUCACCAAUAUCUGCUUGUUCUAUGUCCUCAAAGAAGGCGCGAACAUCUCCUGGUGGCAUACGGCCACGCGGAGUACGACAAUUGGGGACUUACACCGCAACUACUUAUUCGGAAGCAGUUUUCAGGACGCGGUUUUGUCCGGUCGACACAUCAAUUUUGUUGCCUUGAGCUGCAUCAUUGCCACGAUUGCGCAGGUCAACAGUCCACUCCUGCAGCGCGCCUCAAGGGCUGUUGUCGAGCCGCUAUUCUCACAAGCGACUGUCCAGCUCCGACUGAUUAACAUUGUACCGGAUACAUACUUCACGGGAUAUGUUUCUGGGCGCGGGUAUGAUGCAUCGCUGUAUUCGGCGGAUUUCGCCAACGUGGCGUCCGACUUCAACAACAACGCAACCAUCGAUGCGCCCAACACUGGAUGUAGGGGCACUUGUGCUACCUCCGUGGAAGGACUGGGCUUUGCACUUACCUGCUCGUCGUACUCGUUACCCUUCAAUCUGAUUCCCCAGACCGACAGCAGCGGCUCCAUCGAACUCGGCAAUGGCACAGCUGUCGAUGGCAUCGACGUCUUUGAAUCCCACUUUGGAUGGUCUGUGAUAGCGCCAUCAAACUUUUCGAUCGGCAUCGCACACAAAUCAACUCCUGACUGCUCGGGCGAACUACUCAUCUCGAACUGUACCCUCCGGACAGCCAAAGUGCGCUAUCCCGUGAUCAUAGACGGUAACAGCUCAACAAUAGCCCUGGACCCACACACAGACAUCUUCGCGGACCAAGUGUUAGAGCCCUACAUCCUCACCUCUACGCCUCGCCAGGGCGCCAACCUCUUCAGCGGCGUCUGGCUCGGGCUACAGAACAAGUUCUCCUCCUCGGCACACCUCCGCUUCGUCGGCGCCGUCGGGUACGAGUUCACGAGCAGGGGCAACCUCGCGACCCAGUACGCUGUUGUGAACGGAAGUAGAAGCGAUAGCCAGGCGAUCGGCAGCAGCUGCGACUUGUACUUCCGCGACCCCAUGACCGAGCUGCUUGCUGGGGCGCGCAAUCUGAUGUUUCGGCUGAGUGUGGCGGCCGCGAAUGAAAGCACACCGCUGCAGACCCUGAGCGCGACGGAUACGCAGGCGAGGGCGGUGUUUAGGACGCAGUAUGCGUAUCUAGGUGGAGCUCUGGCGAUUACGCUCAUAGCGCUUCUUAUGGCAGUCGCGCUGUUCAAAGGUUAUUCUGAGCUCGGACGAAAGAUGACGAUGAGUCCCAUCGAGAUUGCGAAAGCAUUCGAUGCUGCGAUACUCAGGGGUGUGGAUAGUAACGCUCGUGUUGAUUCCAUUGUCAAGCAGGCUGGUCGCAAGGGUGUUCGAUAUGGCGUGGCGACCGGUGGCUACCAGGGCGGCGAAUUUGGUACAACCACUUACCACGAGACCGGCGAUGACACCCACGAAUUGUCAGCAAGUCGGCAUAAUGCAGCCGCUGCGAAGGAGCCUUUCGUCCGAUCUGACGGUAGCCUGAAUUCCUCCACAGCCGCAAGCGAGCUCAAACUGCACAUGGGUGCCAGUGACAGCAUGCGGGCGCCGCGGAAGGGAGAAAGGUUUGGCGGAUGA